AGUUACAGUGACAGCAGCAUGAAAUUUUGAACCAUUUUGUUUACUUAUUUAGAUUUUUAACUUUGUUUUUAAUUUAAACCAUAUCCUUGUACAAAAGAUCUUACAGCUAUUUAUAAUUUAAAGAAAACGUGUUAAGGCAUCACCAUGUUUGGAGAAAAAGUAAUAGAACUUAUAAAAGAAGCUGAAAGAAAUCCAGACACCAUGGACCCCUUUAACGACGAGAAACUUCGACAGAUAUUGGAAGAGAUGCAAUUGUUGUUUAAAAUGAACAUGAAUGAUGCAAAUGCUACAAGUGAAAACAGGUCUCUGUGGACAACAGUACAAGUGAGACAUGCAGCAUUAGAGAGAAACAAAAGAUGUCUCCUCGCAUACCUCUAUAGCCGCAUGAAUAAAAUAAAAACUCUGCGCUGGGAGUUUGGAUCCGUCUUACCUCCAGAUAUAAGAGAACUGUUGUCCGAUGAAGAAUACCAGUGGUUCUCAAAAUACUCCACAAAUCUCGCCACAUAUAUGAGAUCUCUUGGACAAGAUAUAGGUUACAGUGGUAUUGAUCUGACAGAGAACCUGAAGCCUCCAAAAUCCUUGUUCAUAGAAGUGUUGUGUGUGGUGGACUACGGUAAACUAGAAUUAGAUGACGGUGAUGUCAUCAUGCUGAAGAAAAACAGCAGACACUUUCUGCCUACCUCUGAGUGUCAGACACUUAUACGUCAAGGAGUACUUAAACAGAUUACAUAACAGUUAUUAUUAGUAGUUAGGUUAUUUAGUGAAAUCGGUAGUAAUAAAUACUUUUGUAAUUUAA